GUUUACAUGCAGGAAACCACAAACCAUAAAGCAAGAUAGCAACUCAAGCCUUAUUUAUUGAUCAUUAUCGUAUUUAAUGAUUUAAAUUUCUGUUCAAACCACUUUUCAUCUUCUAGUCCAAGAGAAUAAAUAUCUAUUAACGAAAUGAAUGAUAGAAUUGAAGUAAUAAGUCAACCCGAGAACGAUGGUGAUAAUAGUGAUCAUAAUCCAGAAGGAACUCUUGAAAAGUUGAAGCAUUUAGUCGAAGAACAUCCAAAACAAGAUGAAGUUGGUGACGAUUAUGACAGAAAUAGAGAUAAAAAGGAUGGAUCUAAUAACCAAGAUGUUCAUUCACAAUCUUCGAUAAAAUCAGAUGAACCUUAUCAUACAAAAGAUGGCCAACAAUUACAGUACGAUGAAGAUGGGUUCCUUAUACCCCCAGGAAAGAUUCCUCUUGAUGGGAACUUUUCUACAGCAGAAAUAAAGGAAUUGAUUCAAAUUAGUCAAGAUAAUGGUCUCCUAAGCGAUGGUGUUGAUGUCCAGGUUGUUGACCACGACUCUCAUUUUGGUGACCGUGUAGUAAUAAAGGAUGUUGAUGAUAGCGUAGAAGAUGUUGAUGAUACCAACGAAAACGAAGAUAGCGAUGAAUACGAUAAGAACAAAGACCACCGUGAACGCCACACUAAAUAAUGCAAGUUCAAGAUGGGAGGUAGCCAUUGAAAGUAUGUGUAUGUAGAUACUAAAUAUACAAUGUUUA